GGCAGUUGAUGGGAUGCUGGAGGACCGAGGGGAGGAGCAGUCGUUGCAGUAACAACAUCCUGGACAUAAGAGACUAGCGGCGCACAUAAUGAAAUAAGGGAGGUGGAAACUAGCAAAAGAUCCCUACGUGGUCAGACCUGAAAAGAUGGACAUAUUCUUCAAAAACUGAAUCUUGAAAGGGUCUAAUUGGAUUCUUUACAUGCGCUACCGAUUACCCAGAAGCACAUGUGAGAAGAUGCGCAGAGAAAUGGUCUGCUACAGAAUAGCAAGCUAACGUUAGAUGCCUUUACUGAAAAAGGCGCAGUAUCUAGCAAUGCAGGCCGGCGAAUUGCCAUUAGCGAAGAAACCUAGUAGUAACAUUUAUGCACGAGCUUAUUAACGCAGAUAUAUUUUUAUCGCGCAGCCGAUUAUAUUGUAAAUACACCGGCUAAUCGAAUCGGCGGGUCAUCCAGCCAUUCUUUGGAGACACCGCGGUUAUCAGCGACGCAGGCCUGUUGGAAAGAGGCUCUGAAUACAUUGAGAUAUUCUACCGAAGCGAUGUUUUAUGCCGCCAGCAUAAUGUAACGGAAACUUUAUUAUUCACACUAGUAAGAGAAUCUCGAUUAUCGCAACUGAACGUCGCUGGGAAGACAAUAAGCUUGUUGGCAAUGCGACCGUCGUUAGGAUUUUAAUUUUUCAGGUUAUUGUUUGUUUUUCGAGGUUUUUGAAGGGAAAGCCACUUGUGUCCAACAAUCCCGACAUCUACGCUGUAGUCAGGAGAUCUAACAAACACUCAGUUAACCUCAUAGCCUGUGCAAUCACAUUGUCUUUUCGUUAAACUUGACGCCUGGAUCUGCUAUUGAGGACCAUGGAUCAGUAGGCAAUGUCGGAAUGAUUUUCACGGAUGAUGAUGAACACAUUUGCUGAUGGCAAGUUGUUCCUGGAGUCAAGGAGACCGACACAAUUUGGAAUCUGAGCGCACAUUAGCCGGAAUGAGAUAAUAGCGCGGCGUAUGCAAGAUAACCUUGACACUUGUCCCUUCAGAUUCCAAUAAGAAUACAAAACAUGACCACACCGGCUCUCUUGCCUCUCUCGGGCCGCAGGAUACCGACUCUCUCGCCGGGUGCGUCUUCGUUCUCCCAUCACAGGGCCACCCUGCGCCUCUCCGAGAAGUUUAUUCUCCUCCUCAUCCUCAGUGCCUUCAUCACGUUAUGCUUUGGAGCGUUCUUCUUCCUCCCGGAUAAUUCCAAACAGAAGCGCUUCGACUUGGGCUUGGAGGACGUUCUGAUACCGCACAUCGAGCCUGGGAAGGAAGGCAAGCACAGCGGCGGCCAGGUGAUCAUACACGGCCCGGGGGGACACGAUGAGCACCGACACAAGCAGGAGGAGGAGAGUCUGCGGGAUAAGAUCCGGGCGGACCACGAGCGUGCGCUGCAGGAGGCCAAGGAGAAGCUCCGCAAGUCCAAGGAGGAGAUCCACGCCGAGAUCCAGACGGAGAAGACCAAGGUGGCCGAGGACCUGAAGCGCAAGGACGGGCCCAAGCCGCUGCCCCCCGUGCCCCUGCCCAAACUGGUGGGCAUCAACGAUGGGGAACCCAGCGACCCCGACGUCAAGGAGAAGAGAGACAAGAUCCGAGAGGGUGCUGUGACCGUUGGCUGCUUCCUGGAGGCUUUUUCCAAUAGAGCAGGGCUCCAUGAUCUCACUAUAACCUCAAACUGCCUCAUGAUGAAAUAAAUUAUGGACUCUUAGUGCCCUUUUCUAUACCUCUGGGUGUGCUGCAAUACAUAGAGCAAUAAUCUGCCCAAACCUGUUCUCAGGUAGGGUUGACCCAGACUUGCUUUAUUGUUCUCUAGUGGAUGAUGAACUGACGAUGGAAUUAGUUAUGAAAGCUGUGAAACUUCAUUGUAUUGGGAUAAGGAACUACUUUGGCCAGACACACGGAACAAGAUGACAUCAUCCAGUGUCAAAUCAAGGCAUUACAAGCUGAAACAGGCUCGUGAGGUAUCACACGGAGAAAGAACACCUUUUAAUCAACAUGGUACAAAUAUUUAUGAAAUAAAACCACCAAAUGUAUAAUGACAGUCAAUUAAAGAUAUGAAAACUAGCUAUUUUAGCAAAAAAAAUAUAAAAUGAUAGAGUAAUAUAACAUCUUCCAUUUUUUGAAUACAUCUGCAAUGAAUAUUAAAACUUUCCCAUAAAAAAAGUUUAAAGGAAAUUCAAAUAAUCCUCCUUGGGAAAAUAUACAGUGUUUUUUUCACUGAAGCCAUAUUUAGCUAGAUCUGUGGCACUAAUUAGUUUUUUAUGCAGGACCAAAUAACUUCUAGACAUGAUACAGCUAUAUUAAUACCACACAGAAUCAAAGCCUGAUGGUGAAAACUAUUGCAGAUAUUCAUUUUUGAAAAUUAAAGAUGAUCCGUUUGGAUAAAAAAAAUAUAAUUUUGUAUUAAUCUGCUUAAUACGACAUUCAGCAACUAUUUACAUGAAUAUAUGUGGCAAAUUAUCUUUAGGAUUUUUCCUGGAUGUUCUGUACAAAUUUCAACCCAAUCCAUUAGUGGGGCU